UCCUGUUGAUUUAACUAUUUUAAAUAUGAGUUCAUCAUUAUUUUUUAAUGUUGAAGAUAUAUCAAAUAUUUUAUCCUAUUUUGAAAGUAAAAAUUUAUGCAUCGGAUUUAAUGACACAAAAAACGUUUUCUCUAAUCUAAAUAAUGAAUUUAAUGAUUGUUUUGGAAUGUGGCAUAGCGAACGAUGUUCCUUGAUUGCAAAGUUAAAACAGUGUUCUUUCUGUGAAAAAUUAGGACCGACUACUUAUUAUAAAAUGAAACAUUGUAUCGUGAAAAACUGUAAAGCACCGAAAAAUGUAAAAAGUUUUAGAGUGCCAAAAAAUAUUGAAUUGAGAAAAAAAUGGGAAGCUGCGAUUCCCGGUAUUACAGAUUUGAGUAGUACAAGUUCUGUCUGUGAAAGACAUUUUAAAAGUGAUGAUAUUAUAAGAAAACGAUAUUUUAAAAGUCCUACCGGUGAAAUAAUUGGAGUGGGUAUUCUUGAACGACCUCGUCUGUCUGAGACAGCUAUUCCAUGUUUCUUUGACAAUGAAUCCGAUCAAGAAAUACUCAAAAACGAAAAUAGUAAUUCCAAUUUUGACGCUGCCGAAGUAAUGAUAUAUGAAGAAACGCCAGAUAUUAAACCUGUAGAUACAAAUUUAGAUACACCUGAAGUAAAGAUAAACGAAGAAACGCCAGAUAUUAAACCUAUGUUGAAUGUAUGGAUCGAUAAGAAUUUUUUAUCUGAAGAUAAAUUUGAUCUAUCACAUGUUGCAGUCAAAAGUGAACCUGAUCCCAUCGCAUCUGAAGAUAUAACACAAGGGUCGUCUAUACAUGAAGAAUUUAAAAUAAAAGAUGAAGAUGAGAAUACAUCGGAUACAACUAAUGAUAACAAUUCUGUUACAUCUGAAAAUUUUACACAAGGGUCUAUACACGAAGAAGUUGUAAUAAAAAGUGAAGAUAAGAAUGAUUCAAAAAGAACUAUUGAUAUUGAUUCUGAUAGUAAACGCAUAACAUUUUCAAAUAAUAUAAGUAGUCGUAAUCCCAUUUUGAUACCUAAAAGUUGGGGUGUUAUUAAUAUUCCCUCGGAAAAUGGUGAAAAUUUUUUGUUUACCCAUUCGAUACUUAUAAAUAAGAAUGGUAUAGAAUUUCCUUUCACUUGUCGACAUGUUAAAUUGGAUACAAACAAAAAUUUAAAGUACUUUAUUCACGGACGUCCUGUAGAUUUAACUGUUUUAAAUAUGAGUUCAUCAUUAUUUUUUAAUGUUGAAGAUGUAUCAAAUAUUUUAUCCGUUUUUCAAAGUAAAACAUUAUGCAGCGGUUUUACGUUGGUAAACAACGAUCACUGUAAUUUAAAACAUGAAUUUAUUGAUUGUUUUGGAAUGUGGCAUAGCGAACGAUGUACCUUAAUUGCAAAGUUAAAACGUUGUUCUUUCUGUCAAACAUUACGAAAGACUCUCUUACAAAAGGAAAGGAGACAUAAUCGCGCAGAACCAUCGUCCGUUAAUAUCUUUGAUUGACAUUAAAUAUGGAUUUGAAUCAAAUUUUACAGAAACAUUACAAAGGAAUUGUAAUAGUAAACGAUCUUUCCAGCGAAGAGAUACCAUUCAGAGGAAAUAAAUAUAUGAAAAUUGUUUCAGUUUGUGCCUGAAAUUUGACAUUCGUCAGUUUUACUGAUUUCGUACAAAAAUUUAAACAAUUAAAUCAAUGGUAAGUCCAGGGCAUCUACUCGAACGCUCCCCUCUCGGUAUACCCAUGUAGAGGACAUAUACAUUUUGGCAAUCAUCUCGUUAGCCAUUUAAAAUAUAUGAAGUAGGAAGAGUUUUUAUGGGCGUAUAUAUGAAGUAGGAAGAGUUUUAUAUAUAAGGCAAAGAAAAAUCUUCAGCAAUGUAUUGUGUGUGAUGCGCGCGCAAUCUUCAUUUAUUAGUUGUUUGUGUGUAUACGUGACGAUAGCCGAUUUACGUAGGUCAGUCGUCUUCGUCAAAAUGUCUCAUCACACACACAAUACAUAGUCUGAAGACUCUUUCUUUGUCUAAUACAUAAUAACGUCCAUAAAAACUCUUCUUACUUAUGCGAAACAGAUCAUAUGCGAAAACCUCAAUGUAGAUGGCAGCAUCAUUGAGAUUCUGGAUUAUGUAAUCAUAUGUAAACUACUUACAGA